AGCCCCGGGAGCCAAGCUCCCCGACAUCAUGAUCGGCGUACUGCUCCUGGUCCACGUCGCCGCGGAGCCGACGAAUCUCCAAAAAUCCCUUAUUUUGGAACAUAAAUUACGGCCAGUUUAUAAGCAACAAAAGCAUACUACAUAUAAGAAUUUUCUAAAAAAUGUUCAAGAUACGUCAGAAAUAGUUGAAUUUACAAGUUGGAGUGACUGGUCCGUUUGCGACAGAUAUUGUUUUCAAAAUCGUGUAAAGAAAUGUCGAGUAAGAAAAAAAUGCGGCAAUACUAUAAUGAAAGAGGAACGCAAUUGUACUCACGAAGGAAUAGGAGGACGCGCAACAUGCAAACAGCAUCAACAAAGAUUAGCUCGUCGAAAAGCCCGGCGAUUUCGAAUUGUACAGAUACCUGAAGAAGCUAAACCGCGGCAUGGACGUGGUAAAAAUAAAGAGGAUUGGUUCACUGGACACUACGGUAAAUGGAGUAAAUGGUCUCCAUGUACGAGAUCUUGUACGACUCAACGCCACAGAUGGUGUAGAAUACCUGGUUUAUGUUGGAAAGAUGUGAUUCGCCAAAGUGCCUAUUGUUAUAUUGAAGGAAGUUAUUGCCAAAGGUGGAUUCGACGAAAAAUUCGUGAUAAUUAUGAAGAUUUUAGUAAUGAUUUAAUGGUAGACAAAUAUGACGUUAAUAUAAAUGGUAUUGAUAAUUCGACCAGUGUCGACGAAGAUGUAUGGAAAUGUGGGAUUUCAAAGAAGAAUUCAAGACUGUCGUAUUUUACGAGAAUUAUUGGUGGUCGUCCAACUGCUCCUGCCAGUUGGCCAUGGCAAGUUGCUGUUUUGAAUAGAUAUGGAGAAGCUUUCUGCGGCGGAACUUUAGUUUCUCCCCGUUGGGUGUUAACUGCUGCCCAUUGUGUUAGAAAACGACUUUCCGUUCGCAUAGGAGAAUAUAAUCUUUUAAUUAAGGAAGGAACUGAAAUUGAAUUACGAGUCGAUUAUGCAGUAACUCAUCCAAAAUAUAAUGCACAUACAGUUGAUAACGAUAUUGCUUUAUUGCGUCUACCAAUUACGCUGACACCUUCGGAUUCUAGAGGGAUAGCUUGUCUGCCAACUCCUUGGCAAGAUUUACCUAAUGAUCAGUUGUGCACAAUUAUUGGAUGGGGUAAAGCCAAUGCCUCGCACGAAUUUGGCACGGACGUUCUUCAUGAAGCCAGGAUACCAAUAGUGUCUGACAAGAUAUGCCGUAAUGUGUAUGUUGAUUACAAAAUUACUGGCAACAUGUUUUGUGCUGGUUACCGACGAGGACGAAUGGACUCUUGCGCUGGUGAUAGUGGUGGUCCAUUACUUUGCAGGAAUCCUGAGAAAACCGAUCAUCCUUGGACAAUUUUCGGAAUAACUAGUUUUGGCGAAGGCUGUGGAAAGCGUGGAAAAUACGGGAUCUAUGCCCGCUUAUCUAAUUACGUCCACUGGAUUACUAAAGUUAUUAAACAGACAGAUGCCUAUGCGAUUUAAAGAUCAUAAAUAAAUGUACAACCCAUUUUUAAUUUAUAAAAAUAUUAGCAACUUUACAAUGCUAGUAGAUUGUAUAUUUACCACAAAGUCGAUAUUUUAUAAAUCGUAAUUUAUUUUUUAAGAAUAAACAGUUUUAUUAUGUAAGAAUAAGCUGAUUAAAUUAGCCUUUUAAAGUUGCUUUCAUUAAUAUUUUUUGUGAAUUUACAUGACCUGUACUGGACCAAAUAAUUUAUAAAAUCAAAAUG